CAGAGAGGACGAAUCUCGAGCACGACGGACCCAGUCGGAGGACGAUAUCCAUCUCGUACAUUUUGCGCAUUUCGUGCCGAACGAUCUGCAAUUUUGAAAAUAAAUUGACGAAUUAUUAAUUGGUGUGAGAAUAUUUUGAUCAAAAACAUGAUGAGCUUUUUCGGUGACUGUUUUCGGGGGGCAUGUGGGAUUGAACAGGACGAUCCUCCUGCAGAAGAAGGGCCUGGUCAGCCGGUGAUGGUCAGUAUCACAGAAGAACCGAAACCUGGUCCAAGUAGUCAAUGUGAUGGUGGCGAUCGUCGUCGUGGAAGAGGCGAGGGCGAUAUUAUUAUUGACGGAAUCGCCAAACUCGAUACUAUCGAGGAGGAACCUGGCGGUGGUGGUGAUGGUGAUAACCCUCAACAAGGAAAACCAAAACCAACUCAACCCCUCGUCACGUUAGAAGUCGACAGGACUAAAGAGAAUGUCCGAACUAUCGCUGAAAAAAUUAUGACAACUUGCACCAAGUUAAAUGGCAAAUUUUUCGACGAAGACUUCCCCGUCGGACCGACUGCCCUGUUCAAGAAUAAGGAGAAGGCUGAGAAAGAGGACAAGAAGGGACAGGGGCUCGACGCGGUCAAAAUGUGGCUCCGACCUGGAAAAAUUAUUCAUCGGGAUCAAGACGGAGGACAUUUUGGACAUGACUUCUCAAUCAUUAGAGACCAGAUGGGAUGUGACGUUAGGCAAGGGCAACUUGGCGACUGUUGGUUCCUAAGUUGUUUGGGAUUGCUGAGUAGGAGGAAGGAACUUCUGGACAAAAUCGUCGUGACCAAAAAGGUCAACGCUGCUGGAGUCUACGUUAUCAGCUUGUUCCACGAAGGAAAGUUUCGCGAUGUGUUGAUUGAUGAUCAACUGCCAUGCAACGAAUACAGGUCGUUAUGUUUCGGAAAGGCCAACCGAAUGCAGUUGUACGUCCCUCUCAUCGAAAAGGCACGUGCGAAACUGGCCGGAAGCUAUGAAGCGCUUAUUGGAGGAGGCCUUAGCGACGCGAUGCUUUCUUUGACAGGAUUCCCGUGCACGGAUUAUAUUCUUAAAGAGGACUUCAGUGACGAAGAGAAGGAAGGCAUUUGGCAAAUAUUGAGUGAAAGUGCGAAUUCUCGCUUUCUCAUUGCCGCAGGGACAAAGGCGGAAGAUAAAAAGAUGGAGAACUUGGGUCUUAAACCUAAACAUGCUUAUGGAGUUGUUAAAGUUUGUGACAAAUGGGGUCCAAGGCUCAUCCUCUUUGAAAACCCAUGCGGAGAUUCGGUCUGGAAAGGAGACUGGCACAACUACAGUUGGACGUGGGGGGUCAAUAUGCGAAAAGCAUAUCGACCCUUUAUGAACAAAUCGGGCGUGUUCUACAUGUGCUUUGACGAUGUUGUCAAGUACUUUGUACAAUUUUCAAUUUGCCAGCUCGGAGAAAAUCAUCCUGCCGAGUGAAGAAGAAUUCUGUCCAUUGCGUUUCAUUCUUUUUCAUAGAAAUUCUUACCCAUAUAAAUAUAUCGUUAUACUCUCUUGUUGUCUGUAAAUAUGGAUUCCAUGCAAGAAAUACCCCGUUAAAAUAUUGAUAUGAUUUACUUUACAUGCUAAAAAAUUUACCAAUCUUCUCCUUCUGAGAAUAUAAGAAUAAAUUUUGUUUCCUCACUCACAAUGACAUUCAAUUCUUCUCCUCUCCCCUAGAAAAUAAUAACAAUGCGUAAAUGAUGAAGUGAGACUGAGACGUAUGUAGUAUUAUAAAGUAAAAAGGAUUGUUUGCCAGUUAUAGGUAGAAAUGAAUGUAUGUACGACACAGGUAGCAGCAGGACAGGUAGGAGACACUUCUUCUUCUUCUUGGACCAUCAUCAUAAUUUAUGGAUUGUCAUUACAUUGCACAAACGGUGACACAAAGGGAUCAAGUGACCUCCCACAAACGCCGACUCACUCACAAGUACCAACCAACCAGCAGCCAACCACACCAAAGCGAGAAGAUUGAGAUUUAUUGAGUCACAUAUUGUAAUAAAUCCUUUUAAAGAAGUUGAAAAGAAUGUGAAAAUAGUUGAUGUACUACUUCUUCUCCAAUUCUUAACUUUAUAUACUCUUUUUAUACGAGACAAGGAUUGAUUUUGCAGAAUUCCGAAAUAAAAUCUGUUUUCCAA